CAUGGGAUAAUUCUCGGACAGGUUUUCUUCAUCCAUUUAUUUGCAGAAAUGUCUUUUAAACAAGACCUGUGUGAGUGGGUGAGUGUGUUUCAGCCAUGUACAAACAGGUGAAGGCUGUGUAAAAACUUGAAACUCUUCAUUGUGGAAUGUGUUGUUGUCAUUUCUGUUGCCUCAGGCUACCAUAGGCUCUGUGUAGGACACACCAAAAAAAUCAGUUUGUUGCUCUUUUCCAUUCUGGAAUAUGUAGAGCAUUCAGUCCUGUUUGUGUGAUAAUCCAGGUGAGUCACGCCUGGUGAUUAUUAACCACUCAGUUUUAGAUGAAACUCCUACAAAAAAAUAGCUUUAAUUUUCUGCUUCAGGUGUCACGUCUGGUUUAUUCACUGUGAAACUAAACCUCGACAAAAAAAAAGACAAAUCUUAGCUCUGCCCUCCCGCCUCACGAACUGUCUGUGGUAACUGGAUCCGCUGCUUUCAGGGUGGGAAGAGUAUUUCUGAGGGCUCUCUAUUAUUCUAUUGAGACCGGGAGAGGAGUGCUGAGUGAAAAGGGGCUUUAUUAUUUAAGGGAAGGGCGCACAUUGCUGUCAGGUUGAUUUAUUCAAAUGGAAGCAGGAGUGGAUGGAGGAACUUUCUAAUCUAAAUUACUGACUCCUAAUGAAGAAUGUUGUGGUUCUUCCAUUUAACUCUGAGUGCAUUUUUUGGAAAAUUUUUCUAUCCAUGACUCAUGUAGCCCCACAUAUUAUUGUAAUCAGGAGUUCUGAUAAUCUCACUGGUGAUGGUGUUGAUCGGCGUGUACGCUCGCACGAUGAAACAUGCAGAAGCAGCUCUGGCAUGUCUGUCGGUGGACCCCGCUAUAAUGCUGAUGGUCGUGGGGGUCCUCAUGUUCGUCAUCACCUUCUGCGGCUGCGUUGGCUCCUUACGAGAAAACAUCUGCCUCCUGCAGACAUUCUGUGUCUGCCUCACAGUGAUCUUCAUCCUGCAGCUGGUUGCCGGCGUCCUCGGCUUCGUCUUUUCAGAUAAGGCACGAAACAAAGUGACUGAGAUGAUCAACAAAGCCAUCGUCCACUACAGAGAUGACAUCGAUCUGCAAAACCUUAUUGACUUUGGUCAGAAAGAGUUUGGCUGCUGUGGUGGCGUCACCUACACCGACUGGUCCCAGAACAUGUACUUCAACUGCAAGGACAACAACCCCAGCAGAGAGCGCUGUUCUGUUCCUUUUUCCUGUUGCAUCAUGUCCAAAGACAAGAUGGUGAUCAACACCAUGUGUGGUCAGGGGAUGCAGGAACUGGAGUACGUCCAAGCUGGAAACCACAUCCACACCAACGGCUGCAUAGACAAACUCGUCAACUGGAUCCACAGCAACCUGUUCUUACUGGGAGGCAUUGCACUGGGACUGGCAAUACCACAGCUGGUUGGCAUCCUCUUGUCUCAGAUUCUAAUAAACCAGAUUAAAGACCAGAUCGAGCUGCAGAACUACAAUCAAAAGCACCGUUCUGACCUGUGGAGCUGAUCCAGGAGAGACCGGACCAAGAUUGUUGGACUACAUGGUUGGAAAAGCUCAUUAACAGAGCGAAUAAGGUGUUUUCAAAUACUUGACUUGGACGUGAACCACGCAAAGGACACAGAUGGAGAAAUAGAACUCUGCUGCCGCCUGCUGGACGUGGACUGUGCUUGCAUUUACUUCCCAACCAGGUGCACAGAGGCUGAACUGGAUGGUGCUCAGGAUAAUAUUACAUGUUACUGAAGAGCUGCGGUCAAUAUCGUGUACAAUAAAUCAUUUUUUAAAAUCAUUUAUUUGUUGUCAAAGAUGCCAGCAGUGGAAAAUGUCUCAUAGUUGUAGUUUGUUUAGCUUGAAUCCUACUACAAAUGGUUACUAACUGAAAAGGGAACUGCAUUUCUGAACCUAUAUUUUGUAGACUUUUAUAUAAAAAUAAAACAAAAAACCCAGACAGAAUGGUUUCUGUAUGCUCAGUAAUGACGCUUUUAUAUUUUGUGGAAUUCACUGUAUUUAACAUGUUGUUUCUAUUCAUGGUUUGCAAAUGUGCAUCCUACAAUGUGUACAUGUUUAGCUUUGUGGCGCACACAGGCCACUUUGUGUGUAUUUACCUACAGCUUGUGUUACCUCUUUACCCGUUACAAAGUAGAAUAAUCUUUUAACUUCAACUAAACAUGCUUCAUUGUGCAAACAAACACAUGUUUACGCCGUCGCUCUGACCUUUCAUCUCAUUGUGGCCGUGUCUUGCUCGUCUUGCCAAGACCUCACACUGCACAUGAUGUCAGUGCCUCCUUUCAUUUCAGCCAGCUGACUGCCUGCAUGGCUGCAGAGGGUGGACUUGUUGCUGCGCUGCCAUCACAAAUAAAUGUUUGCCAAACCGCAUCGGCCCUGCGCUCGGUUCGUAUUCUGUACAUGUGUUGGUGGCUGAUAGGAUUUAAAUCCCGUAAGCGUCAUCUGAAUCCAUCCACUUCUUGCUCUCUUGUGUAACAAGUUUUUAACUAAAGCACAGAAGAAGCGGUGACUCCCGGUCAGCAACAGGCCAAGUUUAUAUUUUGUGGUUUAUCACUGAGCAGACAGUGGCUGUUCUCUAACUGAGGAAAAAAGAUUUAGUAGGCACAAUAAAUAAUCUCACCCUCUCUCCUUGUCUUGAUGGAGUCGGAAUUAAAGCUUUAUUUGCUCUGAUGGCAAAA